AUGGCGACCGCCACCAACCCUCAUCUCGCGCCCCCGCCGCCGGAUCUGGCAAUAGUUCAAGCCAUUAAGGAUUUUUAUCGCAAUUCGAGGACAAUCAAAGAGAACAUUAUAUUGGUAGGCUAUGAUGAGAAGCCUAUGGAUUUCGACAACAGUGAAAUGAAGUUCCUCAAGUGCUCGUACAAAGUUGGCCCCAAUCAAUUCAACAGGUUUAUCAAGAGGGGUGCUGCAAGUUCCAAGGAUUGGGCUUCAGACUACCAUUUUGUCAGAGCUUUGGCGCAUCCUGCUGCUAUCCAAGUUGAAAAUUACGUCAAAUCAGAGUGUGUGAUCAUCUCUGAAGUGGAUGGGUCCUUCAGCAAAUGGUUGAACAAGAGGGAACCCAUAGAACUGUUCGCUGAUGGCACCAUGCUGCCCAUCCUCAGAAAUAUGAUCAUCCAACUUGCAAGUCUGGUGGAAAGUAUUCUUGCUAAGCGCAAGUAUCCCCGAGGUACCAUUGCAAAGGAAGAAUUCUCAAUGAAAGAGCUCUACAUCAAGCUGCUUCCUGAUAAGACACCUAAGCUGCAGGUGUUGAUACUUAAGGUUGAAAACAGGAUUCCAGCUCAGGUGGUGAAGACUUGGACAACUGUAAGGGAGAUUGCUACAGAGUGCUUUGAACGCCAUAAUGUCAAUCCAAACCAGGGAAGUAGAGACUUCAUCUCUUGUAUUGGGAUUCUGACAAAAAAUGUCCAAGCUCUUUUGGAGGGCCACCCGGACCAGUGGGACAAUACGAAGAAAGGUGGGUUUCUCAUGGAAUCCUACGCGUACUCCCAGCAAGUGUCUGGUAGGAUCAACAAGUCUGAAUUGAGGUGGCCUGUGGAAGAUGAUGGAAGAACUCCGUGGUUGCUGUCGCAGUUAAUUCUUCGGGGUCGAGAGAAGAAGGUGAUGUAUGACAAGGACUUUCCGAAUGACUAUGUGAAACUAUGCAGGCACAGCUACAAGCACUUCAAAAAAUUGCCAAACAAUAUUAAGGCUAGUCUUGGAGGGAGUACAGAUGGACUGAUACAUCAGAUUGAAGUUUGGUCGCCUCGUAUCUGGCACAUCUUAUAUGUGGCACUUCACAAGCCCGGGUCAGGAUAG